ACUUAUAUUUUGUUAUCUUUGUUUUUUUACACACAUUGCUGAGAAGAAAUUGAGCUUCUAAUUUCUUUCAUUGCUAAAAUGAAGGGCUUGAGUGUUCAUCAACUCCAAUUCAUUUUUGGCCUCUUGGGUAAUAUAAUAUCUUUUAUGGUCUUCUUAGCACCUGUGCCAACAUUUUGGACAAUCUACAAAAAGAAAACUUCAGAAGGGUUCCAUUGUAUACCAUAUGUGGUGGCUCUAAUGAGUGCAAUGUUGCUUCUCUAUUAUGCUGUGCUUAAGACCAAUGCCUAUUUGUUAAUCAGCAUAAACUCUUUUGGAUGUGUCAUUGAAGUUAUCUAUAUUGCACUCUACUUCUAUUAUGCUCCUAGAAAGCAAAAGAUAUUUACAUUGAAGUUGUUGAUGAUAUUCAACUUGGGGAGUUAUGGAGUAAUGGUAGGGGGAACAAUGCUUUUAUUUCAUGGAAAUAAGCGCACAGAUGCUGUUGGAUGGAUUUGUGCAGCUUUCAAUCUUGCUGUUUUUGCUUCUCCUUUGAGCAUCAUGAAAAGAGUAAUAAAAACAAAAAGUGUGGAGUAUAUGCCAUUUUCACUAUCAUUCUUUCUGACUCUAUCAGCCACUAUGUGGUUUUUCUAUGGCUUCUUCAUCAAAGAUCUCUUCAUUGCUCUACCAAACAUUGUGGGGUUUCUACUAGGAAUGAUCCAAAUGAUAAUGUACAUGAUAUACAAAGAUAGAAAGGGAAAUAACUUUGAAGGAAAAGAAGAGAAACUUGAGGAAGGAGGUGACCAAAGUCUCUCAAAAGUCAAGAAUCAAAGAGAAACAAAGGAGAUCAAUAUGGGAGAAACCAAUAACAAUGCAUGAAUAUAAAAGGGCUUGUGUCUAGGAAGGUGUAAAGAAAAAUAUAAUGUGUUGCAUGAGAGUUAGAGAGUAAGGUUGCUUUAAUAUAGUGUGUAAGAAUACAAAGGGAUGUGCUUUGCAUUUAGAGAACUUCAAUGAAAUAAUGGGUUACCUUUCUUA